UGCUCCACUGCCCUAGCAUGGCUAGAUUGGUUUAAUAAUACCACCUAGUUUUUUGAAUUUUUGUCUAAUCAGUUUCACUUGGGAAACUACCUGACUAGUAUGUGAAUAAAAAUGAUUUUUAGACGUUUAUCAAAUACACUAAUCGUUUGUUAUUAAAAGCUGUUCCAAAGCCAUGUCAAACAGAUCCUCAAUUUUGUUGGUUUCUACUUCUUAUUUCCUUAAAAUAAUUUGACAUUGUUGUCUUAUAGGUGGUGUAAAUUGGUUUUCAGCUGCUGGAGACAAUUGGGGUUGGCCAUCAUUUAUGCCAUUAUGUGAACUCAAUGAUCCUAAAGAGGGCUUCCUUGUUGAAGACUGCUGCAUUGUGCAAGCUGAUGUUUCUGUAGUUGGGAAUAUCCUUCCGCUAGCCUAUGCACUCGUCGACUCAGAAAAUGAUGCAUCUUGGGGAUGGUUCUUCAUGCAAUUGAAGAAUACUUUUGGGGUUCGGGAAGGAAUGUGUAUUGUUUCGAAUAGACAUGAUAGCAUCCAUAAUGCAACAUCAACUGUUUAUCCAGAAGUGCCUCAUUGUUUCUGCAUCUACCAUUUGUGGAACAACGUCAAGGAUCUAUUCAGGAAAAAUAAGGAAAAAGCGAGACCGAUCUUUUUUGCUUUGGCUAAGGCUUACACCACUGAAAGAUUUGAACACUACAUGAACGAAUUGAAUAAAAUUGAUCAGCGAGUGCAACCUUACUUGUUCAAUGUUGGGUAUGAACGGUGGUCUAGAGUUCUGUAG